UAAUAAUAAUAAAAAAAAACGAAUCGCAAAAUAUUGCCAAAUAAAUGCCAACAAUAUACCACAACGAAUACAAGUACUGAGCCACAGCGAAGCAAGUAACAAAGCGCAUGCGAAAAAAGUGCCAACAACAAGUAUUAAAUGACUAAGUGUAACCUCGAAAAAUAGAAUAAAAACAACGCAGACAGCGCAAACGAACCGAAAGAGAGAAAAAGAGCAAGUGCAAGUGCAUUAUGGGUAACGUAAACAGCUCAACGACGCAGAUGCAUCGUGAGCGCCACAAGUCAACUGACCUCUCAACGCCAAGCUCGCCCGCCCACUUUCGCGACGCGGUGGGAGUGAGCAGCGCUGCUGCCGUUGGCGGAGGAGGUGGAGUGGGCGCUGGCGGGAAAGCGUUCUCGUUCGAUAAAAAGCAUACGGCAGUCUUAAACGAGGGUUCGUCGCAAGAAGACGAAGACCCGUAUUAUACGAGAACUAAUCGCUCCACAACAACAGCAACAACAACAAAAGCAGCUGCUGUUGUUGAUAACGAGUUAGGUACAGCUGCAGCGCUUACAGCUGAGCAAAGCAUGGAGGAGCAACAAAAGGAUGAGGAGCAACUGGAGGGAUCACUGAACGCUGACGAGGACGAUGAGGCCGCGGAGCUAAGGAAGACAGCGUUGCCCACGGUGCUGCGCUGGGAUUAUGGCGGCAAAAAUGUAACCAUCUCGGGCACAUUCUCAGAGUGGAAGCCCAUACCUAUGGUGCGUAGUCAUGGCAACUUUGUGACCAUCAUAGAUCUACCCGAGGGCGAUCAUCAGUACAAGUUCUGCGUGGAUGGCGAGUGGAAACACGAUCCAAAACUGAAAAGCGUUGAGAACGACGAGGGCAACAAGAACAAUUUGGUAUCAGUGCGUGCCUCGGACUUUGAGGUAUUCCAGGCACUGGCCAAGGAUAGUGAAAAUGUAACCAACUUCGCCGAGAAGGAGUACUCCCAGGAAGUGCCGCAGGUCAAGCCCUGGGAGAAGGUAUCAGGACCGCCAAAUUUGCCGCCGCAUCUACUGCAAGUCAUACUCAACAAGGAUACGCCGUUAUCUUGCGAGCCUACAUUGUUGCCAGAGCCAAAUCAUGUGAUGCUCAACCAUCUAUAUGCGCUAUCCAUUAAGGAUGGGGUUAUGGUGCUCAGCGCCACGCAUCGUUAUCGCAAAAAAUAUGUUACUACGCUGCUCUACAAGCCCAUUUAAUCCUAGGGAGGAGGGAGUGGUACUUUUUUUAUAUAAAAAUUUAGCUUUAUAAGCCCCUUUCAACUAUUCAUUUGUAGUGUUUUUUGUUAAGCGUUUUAUUUUUAUUAUUGAUUAAAUAUAUAUAUUAUCUGGAAUUUGAAAAAAUA